AUGCCCAUGCACGAGACUAUUCCCGGAAACGAGGUCUACGGACCCGGAACCUACAUCGACAAGUCCGUUCUCCCUAUACCCCAAGAUGCCCGUCGAAUCUUUGAGCUGUUGGCGUCGCGAACACCGGGUUUCACAAAAGACACUGCACUGUGGGACACUGUCAACUUCGAAGGCCGGCCGGACCCUAUGGUGCCCGUCGGAAACGAGCUUCUUGAGCUACGGGAUGGCAAGCCAGCCAAGGAAGCGAGCGUGACUGUAAACACGGACCAUGCUGGGAUUUGGCUUGCAUCGACAUUCACGGCAUUCGUGAAUGGCAAGGACAUCUCGACUCUUGCACGGGCCCGCGAACUUCCCAACAUCUUCGACAGGGACUUUGAGAAGGGGUUCGGGAUCGGCCCAUUGGCUGGUCGAGCAACUGCACUGUAUCCCACCAAGGACUCCGGGGUGUGGUAUCAACUUCACGGGUCGCUGGAUGCAAGCAAGACACUCUGCUCGAUGGGGAUCGACAUGGAUGUGCCGUUGAAAUCUUUCCAGGAGGGAUAUGCGUAUAUUCGGGAACAUGUGCAGAAAUGGGGUCCUGAUGAACUUGAGAUGCAUAACCUGAGACAUGGAUUAUGUGGGAGCAUCUGUUACUCACCCGAGGGCUGGAGAAAGACUGAGAUGGGGAAGCGGCUUGCGGAAUACCCUCUCGUGAAUUAUACGCGUGAAUCGUAUGCGCAAUCGACGCCGUCGGUCCCAUUAAGUCAGCUCCCUGAUCGUCGGCCUCUGGCGGGGAUCAAGGUGGUGGAAAUGGUGCGGAUUAUCGCCGGGCCCACUGUUGGGGUAAUCCUCGCAUCGUUUGGUGCAGAUGUCAUCCGUGUCAACUGCAGUAGACUGGCAGAUUUGAAUGUCCUCCAAUUAACGCUCAACGCCGGCAAACGCACGAUUGAUCUCGAUAUUGGAAAGGCGGAGGAAAUGGCUCGGCUCAAGGAGCUGGUGGGCGACGCAGACGUGUUUGUCCAGGGCUUCCGGUAUGGGUCGCUAGAUCGGAAGGGACUCGGUCUGCAAAGCAUGCUGGAUGUGGCAGCCAAAAGAAACAAGGGCAUUGUCUACGUCGACGAAAACUGCUACGGUCCAUCUGGACCAUUCGCCGAGAGACCUGGCUGGCAGCAGAUCGGGGAUGCCGCAUCGGGUGCUUCGUACGUGAUGGGUCGGUCGCUUGGAUUCGAUGAAGGGACGAGUGUUCUUCCACCAUUGCCAGUCUCUGACAUGACUACUGGCGUUGUCGGUGCCCUCGCGACAAUGGACGCGAUUCUGGUAGACCCCGAAGUUGGUCUCUAUCCAGUUGAGGUGGUACAAAGAACUUUCGAUACGUUCAAAUUCGCGCGCUCGUCUCCGGAUCAGUUCGUCUCGGAAAUUAUGAUUCAGGUGAUCGAUGGGUGGAAACGAGUUUUCCCGGAAUAUCUUGCACAAGACUCCCCAUUUAUGAUGAGCUUUGAAGAUAGCCCAUGGGGACGGAUGGAUAUGCUGAGGCCCGUAGCCAGACUAGAUGACAAGGACGCAAGUCCUAUUUGGAAAGAUUCUCCUGUUCCAAAUUGCCAUCAUGACCAAGGCAUCACCUGGCAUGACCAUGUUGCAAGGAGGCUUCCCGAGUUGUCAUAUUAG